AUGGCCGGCUUCCGCUCUCUCUGGCGGUCACCGAUAUCCGGGACAGCGCCGCCGUCAACAGCACCGCCACCAGCCUUCCUCCGCCAGCGCUCGUCGACCGUCUUCAUCGUGGCCACCAUCUGCGUGGCCAUUUUCACGGACAUCUUCCUGUAUGGGCUCGUGGUGCCUGUGAUGCCGUUUGCGCUGACGGCACGGCUCGGCAUUGCAGCCAACCGGGUGCAACGCUGGAACGCCAUCCUGUUUGCCUGCUACGGCAUCGCGCUCUUUGUCGGCAGCCCAAUCGUGGGGAUGUAUGCUGACCACACCUCCUCGCGCCGUCUGCCGCUGCUGAUGGGCCUCGUGGCACUUGCCGGCGCCACCGUCAUGCUUUGUGUCGGCCGCUCCAUCGGGCUGUUUGUGGCUGGCCGUCUGAUGCAGGGCGCCAGCGCCGCCGUCGUCUGGAGCGUCGGCCUCGCUCUGCUGGCCGACACCAUGGGCUCGCGCAUGGGCCUCGCCAUGGGCUCCAUAAGCAUCGCCAUGUCGGCCGGCCUGCUGCUGGCCCCGCUGAUUGGCGGCUACGUCUAUGCCGGCGCCGGCUAUUAUGCUGUCUAUUAUGUCGCCUUUGGUCUCAUCGCCCUCGACAUUGUCCUGCGCCUGCUGUUGAUCGAGAAGAAGGUGGCCCGGCAAUGGGUCGAGCAGGAUGUGGAGGACCGACUGGCAGACCAGCAGGCAGACCAGCAGGCAGGUCAGCUGACAGGAGGACCGGCUAGUCGGGACGAGGAGAGCCAGCUGGCCGAACAGGCUGCCGUUUCUCUUCCUCCAGUCUCCACGCCCUCUGUCUUCCUCCGCAUGUGGAUGCUGCUGUGUGUCCGGCGGAUGGCGUCGGCCCUCUUCGGCGGCAUGGUCAUGGCCAGCAUCCUGACGGCCUUUGACACGAUCCUGCCGCUAUUUGUCAAGUCCGAGUUCGGCUGGGGCUCGACGGCAUCGGGGCUGCUCUUCUUUGCGCCGUACCUGCCGCCGGCCCUGGUCUCGCCGCUGGCCGGCGUCGUGGCGGACCGGUGGGGCGCCAAAGGACCGGCGCUGGCCGGCUUUGCCGCCACGUUGCCGCUGCUGGUGUGUCUGCGCUUCGUCGACGGCGACACCAUGGGCAACAAGGUGCUGCUGGCCGUGCUGCUGGCCGUGCUGGGCGUCACGAUGACGCUGGCCAACGUGCCGAUGAUGGCCGAGAUCAGCUUCGCCAUCGAGGCCGAGGAGGCUGCGCGGCCGGGUGUCUGGGGCCCCAGCGGCGUCUACGGCAUCGGAUACGGGCUGUUCACGACGUCGUUUGCGCUGGGCAGCGCCAUUGGCAGCCUGCUGGCCGGCUAUCUGCAGGCCGAUUUUGGCUGGGCCACCACCACCUGGUGCUUGGCCGUGUGGUGUGCUGUCGGCGGCCUCGUCGUCGCUCUCUGGGUGGGCGAGUUCCGUCUGGGCAGACCAGCAGAGGGGCAGAGGCCGCAAGGAAGAGACGAGGAGGCAGAAGAGAGGCAGAAAGGCGGGGGAGGUGAGGACGGAAAGAGACGGGGCAAAGCGGAAACGACUGCUGCAGGCGACGAAACAGGAAAGUCAAGGGAUAUGUCGGAUGGCAAGGCAGAGCCGCAGGGGCUGCAAAAGGAGGGAUGCGUGACGAAAAGCGGCGCGGUGGACUUUUGA